CCCUUCUGUCUCCGCACCGUGGGGUGGUUGUCUCGGGCGUAGGUGUGAAUUCUUUGAGAAAGGUUUCAGAUUCAACAGGAAUGAAAUGUUUUUAGAAAAUGGCUCCCUGUGGAUCCAGUCAUUUGGUGUCAGGAUAUGAAAACAGCCUUACAAAAGCGUGACUAAAUGACUUCUUCCAUUGACUAAAUGUAAAUGUAACACUUCUCACCCACAAAGACAACUUUAGAUACUGUAGAGAUGAACUUCGAAUGAAACGCGAUAUCCGGCCAUCAGUUCCUACUGGAGGAGGACUUGAGUCAAACUUUAUAUCUAUAUAUUAGUAAUAGUUUUGUAUUUUUAGUUUGAGUCACCAUGCUGCAUCAUUCAUUUUACAUUUUAAAUUGUAUUAUUAUGAGGGGUUUUUCUUUGUUCUACCAUAUUUUACUUGAAAAGUGAGGACACAAACUUUUAGUAUUCAAAUAUAGUUGUUUAAAAUGUCAAUUGUUAGCACCUAAAUAAUGAGGUUUUAUAUGCCUGCAUGUUGAACGUAAUUUUUUGCAGUGAGAAGAAGGGAAAGAAGAGGUGGGAUCAGAAAGUGUCAUUUGAGAAAAUUGUGACCUAUUUGCUAUUAAAUUUUCUGCAUGAAAACCGGAUGAUCUGUGUUAUCCCAGCAAAUGAGCUCCGCCCCUGCUUCUGUACUGUAUAUUUUGACAGUCAAAUAAACCCACCAUUGCCACAACUGAGUUCCUCUUGUGUUUCUUUCCUUCUGUUUCAUCAUGUCUAACAGCGAGUUGGUGAUCUAUACGGUCUCUGAGGUUUUUAUAGCUUUAUUAUGUUGUCUUGGAAAUCUGUUGGUGAUUUGGGCCGUCUGGUCGAGCCGGGUUCUUCGUAAGACCACCUUCUGCUUUGUUGUAUCAUUGGCGGUGGCUGAUUUUCUGGUGGGCGCUGUUGUCGUACCUCUGGCUGUGUUAAUUGAUGGACGAGUACAGACGAGAUUUUACACUUGUCUGUUCAUCAGCUGUGUGGUCAUUGUGUUGACCCAAGCCUCCGUUCAUUCCCUGCUUGCUAUCGCUGUGGAUCGAUUCCUGCGUGUCCAUAAUCCCCUCAGGUACAGAGGAGCGAUCAAAACACAAAACCUGUGGGCAGCGGUCACCAUCUGUUGGGUUUCUGCUUCUUUUCUGGGUUUCGUUCCCUUGCUUGGAUGGCACAACGAAGACCCCACGACAAACGGCACCUCAACCCUCACUUGCCAAUUUCUUGCAGUCAUUCCCAUGUCGUACCUGGUCAACUUCUUCUUUUUCAUUUGCAUCGUCCCACCCACUGUGGUCAUGUUUGCCCUCUAUUUGUAUAUCUUCUGUACGAUAUCUAAACAACUGAGAAAAGGAAUCGGUCAAGCUGCGGAGUCCAGGUCCUUUCUUCAGAAAGAGCGGAGAUUGGCCAGCUCGUUGGCUUUGGUGUUGGCUCUGUUUGCUAUUUGCUGGUUCCCGAUUCACAUAAUGAACUCGUUGAGCUAUUUUUACCCGAGUCUAAACAUGCCGUCUCUUGUCGUUCACAUAGGUAUUCUACUUUCUCAUGGCAACUCUGCAGUUAACCCAAUAGUGUACGCUUUCAAGAUCCCAAAGAUUAAGACUGCAUAUAAAAACAUCUUGAUGAAGCUCACAAGCUGGAAGCAAAACACCGAUCAAAGCAGCCAGAACUUGGAUAAAACCGUCAGCAGCUCAAACACUAACAUCAGGUAUAAAGUGAAAAAUGCUCAAACACCGGAGGUGGUUUUGACCAUUAGUCAAGAUCUUUAGCAUGGGACGGUUAUGUAAUUUCUAGUAAUAUGCAUCAUACUGUAAAUGUAUAUUGAUAUAGAUGAUAUACUGCAUUAUAUUACUGAUAAUAUAUACUGAUAUAUUACUAGAUUUUUUUAAGCAAUACCGUAGUUUAUUGAGUGCAAAUAGAAGACUGAUAUCAGCUUUAUUGCAAAAACUUUAAAAUGUAGCCUGCUAUUAUUUCUGCUUACUGCAGAUUUGUGUAUUUAACACCGACAACUUGAAGUUCUGAGCUGAUUUUUUUAUCACAGCAUCUCGCUCUUAACACACAUGCUGAAGUUUAAAAAAAAAAAAAAGGAAAUGUCUCGAGUACCACACUGCUGAAAAAACUGUUAUGUAGAUAUUUUUGAUAAGUUAAGCUAGGUCAAUUUUGAUAUACUGCCAGACUAAUUAUUAACUAAUCUAAAGUUUGGUAUUUUAAAAUAAUAAAAUUUGUACUUUGUAUUUAUAUAUUAUUUGAGAUUUGAUUGUUGUAAAGCACAAUUUCAAAUGUAUUUAAUAUACUUUCUUGUGCUAAAAUAAAACAUUUCAAGUAUACUUUGUAUGCUUAAAAAUAUUUUUAAACUGUAUGGUUUAUUUUUAAACAGAGUAUUUACUGUAAAAAGAUUUGUUGACAUCAUGACCUGAUGUAACCUUUGUAGUUUGGGGCCGGCAUAAGAUUUAACAAAGUUUCCAUAAGU